UUCUUUCUUGUAGUUUGAAUCCAUUGCUCCGUGUCCGCUUCUCUGGAGCAGCAGAAAACAACCUUUCUCCCUCCUCUAUAUGACAUCCUUUUAUAUAUUUGAACAUGGCUAUCCUUCUCUUUUCCAGGCUAAACAUACCCAGCUCCCUAAGCCAUUCCUCAUAAGGCAUUGUUUCCAGGCCUUUGACCAUUUUGGUUGCCCUCCUCUGGACACGUUCCAGCUUGUCAGUAUCCUCCUUGAACUGUGGUGCCCAGAACUGGACACAGUAUUCCAGGUGAGGUCUGACCAGAGCGGAAUACAGUGGUACUAUUACUUCCCUUGAUCUAGAUGCUAUACUCCUAUUGAUGCAGCCCAGAAUUGCAUUGGCUUUUUUAGCUGCUGCAUCACACUGUUGACUCAUGUCAAGUUUGUGGUCUACCAAGAUUCCUAGAUCCUUUUCACAUGUACUGCUCUCAAGCAACAAACAUAAUAGCAACAAACAAAACAAACCUCCCAUUUGACACAGAUGGUUUAAUCAGCCAAAGGCCUGGGUGAAAAUAAACAUUUUUGCUUGGCAAAUAUUGUUGCAUGCCCCCCUAAUAUCAACUCUCAAUUCUGGCUUAUGUCCUUCUCACUACCUGUGAGUUGAGGGAGGGCUGCCCCCACUUUCUGUCUCCUAUAGAGCCCCUUAUUCCCCCUUAGUGACUCAUCACCCAAGGAGCUAGCCUAGCUUGAUUAGCUUUUAAGACUAGCUGGAUCCAGGGAUGAGAGUGGUCUGGCACCCACAGACUCAUAACAAUACAGUAUGCAUAGCUGCCAAGUUUUCCCUUUUCUCGCGAGGAAGCCUAUUCAGCAUAAGGGAAAAUCCCUUUAAAAAGGGAUAACUUGGCAGCUAUGACAGUAUGUAAUGCAGGUGCCGCUUCCCUCUGGAAAGCAUUCCAUAGACAGGAAGACCCUGCAGAAAAGGCCUGCUCUCCUGUUAUUAUCCUAUGACAAGAGGGAAGCAUGCAAACUUCAUUAGGGAUGGUUUGAGGAAGGGCUAGAGCAGGCAUCCCCAAACUUCGUCCCUCCAGAUGUUUUGGACUACAAUUCUCAUCUUCCCCAAUCCCUGGUCCUGUUAGCUAGGGAUCAUGGGAGUUGUAGGCCAAAACAUCUGGAGGGCCGCAGUUUGGGGAUGCCUGGGCUAGAGCUUCUCUCCCAACCCUCUUCAAUCUUCUCCGCAAGGCUGCAGAGCUACUUUUGUUUUACCUCUUUGUGUCUGCAGCUUCCUAAUUCCCCGAGGCUGCAUACACACCAUACCCUCAAAGUACCCCCUAAAGCAUCCUGGGAACUGUAGUUUCUUUAAAGGUGCUGGGACCUGUUGCUUUGUGAAGGUUAAACUACAAUUUCCAGGAUUCUUUGGGGUGGGGAAUGUACUUUGAAUGUGCUGUGUACUCAGCCACAGAUAGACAUGUGGCAUCUGCAACUUGAUGUUUCAAUGACUCCUUCCUUCUAAAAGGAGGGCUCCUCUUCAGGGUUCCAGCGUGCCAUUCCUUCCAAGUCAUGUUCCAUGUGGUUUUUUUUUCCAGCAGUCACUGUACAUUACACAGCCACUGAGCAUGCUCAGUCUUCCUCAGGUUGAUGUCUUAAAAUAUUUUCUAUUGGCACUCUCCAAGACAUGCUGUUUAGUCCCCUCUUAUUUCUCACUGGCUCCCUCUUGUUAACCCUCCUUACCUGAGUUUGCUAGCAGAAUAAGUGAUAGACAGGCACCACUUACAACUAAUCCCUGCUUGAGAGUGGCAGAGGGCUAGGAGGGAGUUCUGUGCAUUUGGGGGGGGGGGGCUGAAUGCAAUCUAAACCUGCAGGAAGAAUGUGGGUGUGUUUCUCAAGAACUGUCUACAGUGUGGGCUGUUGCAAAGAUGUGGUGGGGAAGCAAAAAAAGGCUCCUCCCUGAAUAGAGGAGACUGGCUGGCACCGCUUCCAAAUAAUCCAGAGGCAGAGGGAGAUAUCCCAGUGGAAAUAUUGUGUGGUGUGGGAUCUCUUUCAAAGAUGCCUGCAGCCCAUAACGGUGCAGGACAAACAAAGGUCACAUGAACUUCUAGAGAAGCAUCUGAAACUAAGCGCCGCUUGCCUUGCAUUACAGGAGAUCCUUGGCCUUGUUUGUGAGAUCCUCCACACGGGUGGCGUCAUCUCUUGGCUUGGUUCCCAGUUUUUUCUCCACUUCGGAGGCUGUUGUUGUUUUUUGAGCAGCUCUGGAAUGAAAACUGCCAGGCGCACAAAAAACCAUGGAGGGGUUCCAAGGAGGAAAUUGUCAGCCAGAUCUCCCUCCCUAUGGUGGCCACACCCACCACGGCCAAAAGUUCUGGACCUUGCUUCAGGAGAGCGUCGGAAUAACUGAGUGAGCCUUCUUGGGCAGGCAUGGCCUCCUCGGUGGGAGACCCCGUGGAGAGGCUUCAGGAGGAGGUGUCGUGCUCCAUCUGCUUGGAGUACCUCAGGGACCCAGUGACCAUCGAGUGUGGCCACAACUUCUGCCAGGCUUGCAUCUCCAACUACUGUGAGCGGGGAGCUGGGUCUGUGACCCAAGUGGCCCUCUGCCCGCAGUGCCGGGCUGGUUUCUUGCUGAGCAGCUCGCGGCCCAACAAGCAGCUGGCCAACAUCGUGGAGGGCAUCGAGCGGCUGGCUCUGCGGCCAAGCAGAGGCCCCGGCGAGGCCUUGUGCGAGAAGCAUGGCAAGAAGCUGCGGCUUUUCUGCCAAGACGACGGUGAGCCCAUCUGCCUGGUGUGUGACAAAUCCCGAGAGCAUCGGGCACACACGGUCCUGCCCAUUGAGGAGGCUGCUCAUGACUACAAGACUAAGCUCAGGGAAGCUGUGGAUGUUCUCAGGAAGGUUCUGGGGGAAGCAUCAAAGCUGGAAGCCCAAGAGGCAGAGAAAACAGCUCAGUGGAAGGAUAUAAAGGUAGCCUUGACCAGGAGUGAGGAUGUAUCACUGCAGAGACCCCAGCCCAUCUCAAUGGAUCUACAGGACUUAUAUGAUGUUCCUGGGCUGAAGGAGUCACUCCAGAGAUACUCAGUACCGGUGACCUUUGACCCUGACACAGCAAAUCCCUACCUGCUCCUCUCUGACAACCAGCUCUGUGUGCAAGUAGGGGAUCAAAAGCAAGACCUGCCCAAGAGCUUGUCCCGCUUUGAGACGUGCACUUGCUUGCUGGGUUGUCAGCAGUUCACAACUGGGAGACACUACUGGGAAGUGUGCGUGGAGAGCAAGACCAGCUGGACCCUGGGGGUGUGCAGAGAAUCUGUGAGCCGCCAAGGAAUCUUCACUCCCUCCCCGGCAACUGGCUUCUGGACCGUGUGGCUGAGAAAUGGCAAUGAGUACGCAGCCCUCACCUCACCUCUCACGGAACUAGCUCUGAGAGCGAGGCCUGGGGCAAUAGGCAUCUUCCUGGACUAUGACGCAGGGGAGGUUUCCUUCUAUAAUGCUGAUAAUGGGUCGCACAUCUUUACCUUUGCAGACUCCUUCUCUGGACCCCUCCGGCCAUACUUCUACCCUGGGGUCCGGGCAGGGGGGCUCAACGAUGCUCCCCUCAUCAUCCAACCAGCAAGACACCAGGGAAAUCUUGUGCUUCCCUCCAAUGAGUGCUAACUGUGGAACUCACUGCCAGGAGAUAGAGACAAAGCUAUAUGUGCCAAAGGAUUAGAUUAUACAGCCCAGCAAGGAAGAUUCGGAAGCUGCAGUUUUUGUCUGGGAAAGAUCCACCUAAUUUUCAAGACACGAGGCCCAGAAAUAAUUUUCUUCUAGAAUUAGAUGUUGCCUUUCCUGAAGCAGGUGGCUUGGCUCACUUUCUUGAGUCCUUUGAUGUUGUUUGCUGUAUUAAGUGCCCUUUCUGCUCCACAUCUCUUCACAUGUGGAAUAAAAAUGCUUUCCUAAUCCUGCAGAUGUAGCACAAUGUGAUCUGCUAUGUGUAGGUCUGGUGGAUAAAGGGUUGAGCUUCAUGGGAAGCAGUUGGGUAGACAGUUCUCUGGUCCGAUCCAGCAGAGUUUGCUCACAUUCCCCACAGUCAGAUUCAUUGCUCAAGAAAAAAAGCCCCAGACCUGAGAUUAAACAGGGUUCCUUGCUGAACUUCAAAUGCACAACUAAGACUUUUAUUCCAGCAAGCAUUUUACGGCUCACCUGGUGCUAAAAUUUAUUGUUUAUAUUGCCCCAUUUUCUGUGGAUUGCUUCUCUGUACACUGUUUAGCAAUGUUAAUAAUUAAGUGGUAUACAGAUGUUUUAAAUAAAUAAAAAUAAAGUAUAUGAUACUGAAUUUCAGGAAAGUGCAAACACAACUUCUGCAGGCUCCCCCCCCCAAAAAAGGAGUAAGAAUUUAAUGCCAAAGGAGCAUGACUCUAAUUUGAAUACAUUUGAGCAUGGUGAGGCAAAUUAUGAAUCCCAGUGGUGACAUCACUAGAGGUUGGCAGCUGUAUGCAGGGUAUGGAGGAGCUGAAAGGGAAACUGUGGGGAGCUUCUCAAACUAAAUCUAACCCAAGGAAAGACUUGUGUCAUACAGAUAAAUAAAUCUGUGAGCCAUCUCAUUACAAUGGACUUUGAACUAAUACUUUAAGAGGGCCUGAUCCUCACACAGCCAUGAAACUCCCUGGGUGCUCUUUGGCCAGUUUGCUGCCUCACAG